UUUUAAAGUAAGCGUUUCGCUCCGAUUGGCUGCCUCCACCGUCACUCCUGUUUCUUGCGCUCUGAAUGGCCAGAGCGCUGCUCGGGCUGUGAGAGUAAGGAUGUCCUGGUAUCGCUGAGCUCGGGGACGGGAGUAACCCAGGUGCUGGGAACUGGCUGCGGUGUCACAGGCAGAGCAGGAACAGGGCAGGGUUGUGCUGACAACACCUUUCCAAGCCUGCAUAUCACUGCAGGGACACAGCUGACCUUUUAAGUCAGUUGUGACAGCUGUCAGGCAGCAGAAUUAAACAUCCUGAUCUACUGCAUCAUCAUCAAGUUCAAGUUCUCUGCACUCUCCCAAUACAAAGGGACAGGCGCUGCAUCUCUGGUACUGGGUCCUGCGUCGUGUUUAUCCAGCUCGUAGAAAGAUUUAACAUAUUUUGCAGGAAGCCACUUUGGUCCUGUUAGAAGAAGAACACAAGCAGGAUAACAAAAAUUGGAGUAUUCCAUGGACUUGUGGAAGGUACUAUGUGUCCUGCCUGCAGCUGUUCUUGAACUAGUGAAUGAGCCUGGAGCAAUUUUUCCCCUUUCAAGGGCCACUGGUCAACCCAAACCAGCCUAUCUGACAACCAAGGGCAAGAUCAUAGACUGUGCGCCGGAUUGCGAUACUAUUGCUGCUCUGGGGGAGAGAUUGUUCUGCGGCUGGGAAGUUGGAUUCUGAACCCUCUUGGAUUGCAGGGCACCGGGUUUCGCACCCCUCUUGCCAUUUCCUGGCAGGGGUUUCCCUGAUCUAUGAAACUGAGAUUUGCAAGAAUUACUCCAGUGAUAUCCUUUCUGACAGCGAGGGCACAACCACAGUGAGCAUUCUCUUGGUGUUUUAUAGCGCUUUUGAGGACAGUUUUGACUGACAUGACCCUCAUUACCGCAAAUAAAGCACUUAAGACUCGCUUGAUUUACGCUGAGCUGAGACAAUGCGGCUGCUAAUACUGAAGCCCGAAAUGUCUCAGUCCCUAUAUUCUGACAAGCCUUAAUGUAUUGCAUGAUAUCAGUGGCUUUAACAUUCACUGACAACAAAGCAGACUGGCAGUCAGAGUUAGCAUUGUCAUAUGCCAGUUGCAGCAGUAUAACUUUUGCUGCAUCUUCAUUUUCAACCUGUCUUGCUAUAGCGGUUUGCAAUCUGUCAACAAAGCUUAUAUAAGACUCCUGCGGUCCUUGUCUUAUUGUUGCAAAUGAGCUUAAAAAACUUGCUGCCCUACCUCUAGGAUCUGAUGCCACGCUGUAAUAGCAAUGCGAGUUGCCUGCUCAAAAACUUGCCGCGGAAGCCCAGCCUACGCCUGUGGAGUGAUAUACUGUCCAGUUCCUAGCAACAUAUCCUGAUUUAUCCCUGCUCCUAAUGACAAAUUUUCCAGGACCUGUUCAAUCGCAAGAUCUCAAUACUCUAAUUGCCACACAGAAUAUUGUGUUGGUGUCAAAAUUGUUUUAGCAAGCAAUUUCCAAGCCCCUGGAGUUAUUAUGUACGUGGCACCAAUACCUUCAACAACCCCCAUUGUAAAAGGACUAUGUAACCCAUUCUCUUGCACAGAUUUUUUUAACUCCUUAACCAUUGUAUAAGGUAUUGCAUCAUAUUCUGGUGGUUGUUGUGGUUUGUAAAUAACUGGGAAGGUGAAAGAAAAAUAGCUGUGCUCCAUAGCCUUUUCACGGCAUUUUUGCAUCACCCCUUUGUGUUCUGCUAUCUUAGUCAUGAAGGGGUUACUGGGUGCUCUAUAAGCAUCAUUAAAAUCAGGCAAAGGAGGUGCUGAGGGCAAAGUUUAAGACUUCUGACCCAGCUCCUCACAAAUUCCUGCCGUAUCUUUACAUGGCUGUGAUGGCAUUAAUGAUGGAUAUAGAACUGACUCUUUUUCGAGAUCUACAGAGCCUGACUCAAAAGAAUUAGUGCUGUCAAGACUCAAAUCAUUAGCAACCUGCUUAUUUGUGUUUUUCUGGUCGUCCUCCCCGUUUGCCCUUGCAUUAUGUGCUCUGCCGACUGCAACUGCGAUAGCGCAGAGUACACAAAUCUCCAAGUGAUAUGCAAACUAUCAGGAACUGCAAAACCUGAAUUCUUUUGUGUGUGUAGAUGUUCUCCGACCUGUUUCCAAAUUUUACUGUCAAACGUCCCCUCACUUGGAAACCAAGCACGAUUCUCUCUCACCCAUACCAGGCGCGAAGCUACCUGCUUCUCAGAAAUACGAUACACAAAGAACGUAAUAUCUGCAGCAAAACCUGCAAAUACAAUUUAUGUUCCUGAGAAGCGGUUUGCCCCAUACUAAUGCAAUUCCGCAGCUCUCUCGUUCAACAAGGACUGCUUGUCCCUAUGUAUACCGUAGGGAUUAAUGUAGCUAGAAAUAAAAUUUACUCACCCGUCAGAUUGUGUGGUCGCCGCCAAACACACUGCUUGACGAAGAGCCUCUAGGGGUCACACACUCACACGGGGCACCAUUUGCUGUGAUUACGAACGACACAUACUGGGAUGCAGACAGAGAUUCACACAGAGGCAGAGAUCUUGUUCUGAAAAAAAGCACAGAGCCUGGCCAAGCAGAGAGCUGGCCUAGGCCACUUUCUUUAUUCACCAUUGACAAUUUGUAGGAUUUACAGGUACGGGCCUGAACUAAGACGUUUACAUAAGAUGUUUUUCCGCUAACUGUUAUUAAAAACACACUAAGCUCAUGUGAUGUUUGUCUCACUUGUUUUUCCACUCAUUCACAGACCAGGCCCAAGGACAUUCACACAUCCCAUGCACUUGGGGGCGGUUAUCCAACCCAAGAUACCAUUCUCACGCGUCUGGGCUAAAACUCUUUAUAAUUAUGAGAAACAUACUUCAACACAAUAUGUCCAAGGCCCUUUAUAUUUUAUUAUGAUCUGAUUGUGUUAGUAUUAUUUCUUUGACCGUCUAGAUGAUCACGUUAGUAUUGCUCUUCCUUUAUCAUACAGGUGGCUGGGACUGCACAUCUUGCUUUCCCACAUUUUUACUUUCCAACACUGUCCCUCACGUAUCUGUACUGGGACCAGUGCUAUGUAGUAUCUUCAUCAAUGAUGUAGACAGAGGGACUGAGUGAACCCUGAGCAAGUCUGCGGAUGACACCCAGCUAAGUGGCACAGUUGACGUGUCUGAGGGACAGGAUGCUAUCCAGAGGGACCUGGACAAGCUCGAGAAGUGGGCCCAUGUGAAUCUCAUGAGGUUCAAUUUGACCAAGUGCAAGGUCCUGCACCUGUGUUGGGGAAACUCCUGGUAUGAAUACAGGCUGGGGGAUGAAGGGAUUGAGAGCAGCCCUGUGGAGAAGCACUUGCGGGUACUGAUGGAUGAAAGAUUGGACAUGAGCCAACAAUAUGGGCUUGCGGUCUAGAAGGCCAGUCGUGUCUUGGGCUGCAUCAAAAGGAGUGUGACCAGCACAUCGAGGGAGGUGAUUCUGCCCCUCUGCUCUGGAGCCCUCAGCACAGGAAGGACAUGGACCUGUUGGAGAGGGGCCAGAAGAGACCACAAAAUGAUCAGAGGGCUGGAAGUUCUCUCCUGUGAGGACAGGCUGUGAGAGUUGAGGUUAUUCAGCCUAGAGAAGAAAAGGGUCCAGGGAGACCUUACUGUGGCCUUUCAGUACUUAAAAGGGACCUGUAAGAAAGAUGGGGACAGACUUUUUAGCAGGGCCACUGCAAUAGGACAAGGGGUAAUGGUUUUAAACUAAAAGGGGAGAUUCAGGCCAGACAUGAGGAAGAAAUUUUUUACGAUGUGGGUAGUGAAACACUGGCCCAGGUUGCCCAGAGAGGUGGUAGAAGCCCCAUCCCUGGAGACAUUAAAGGCCAGGCUGGACGAGGCUCUGAGCAACCUGAUCUGGUUGAAGAUGUCCCUGCUCAUUGCCGGGAGGUUGGACUAGAUGACCUUUGAAUGUGCCUUCCAACCCAAACUGUUCUUAUUCUAUCAUUGUAAGAGACAGAGGAAAUUGAGUAAUCAUACACUUAGCAAUGGCUAUGCCUACCAUCGAAAGCACUAAUCCAAUUAACAGGUUUAUUCCAAUUUGCGCUAACCAUUUUCCACACCCAGUGAGUCCUAAAGGAUGUAAAAGAUAGGUAAACCAGGAUCUGGGUGAGAGUUCCUCAACCCAGUUUGUUGCUGGAGCAAUUGGAAUAGUUUAGAAAUCUGGUCAGCAAUGUCUUUCAUCUUGACACAAGCUUCUUCUAUAGAGGCAGUGGCAUUAUGGCAUAGUGGCAUACAACAUUCUCCCUCAAUUAGAUUCAACAUUUUGCAAACUCCGUUUUCUUUACAUGAUAUGAUAUCUUCAAGGCUUCAAAAUAGGGUUUACUUGUGACCACAUCCAUUGAAUAUCAGAUAAAUCCCUUUGUUCUGAUACUAGUCUGUGGGGAAGUUAUGUACACCAUGGGUAAAUUAUAUUCAAAGAAUAAUGAGCCUCAUGAUGGACUGCUUAAGAGGAUGGGAAAAGGCAUCAAAAGGAAAAAUGGAACUAAGCAAGGUAUAGUUGUCUCCCUGGAGGACUGACACAUUUUGGAACACAGUGGCUCAUGAAGACCCAAUUUGGGAUAUCUCAAAGGUAAAAUUUAAUUGUGGGUGGGAGGUGUUAAUCCUUUUUUCCUCAAAAUUGUCCCUCAAAAUAUACACAAUGAAAUAGGUGCCAUUUAGUCCCAGGAUAAUGUUUGGGACUUCAUACCAGAAAAAGGUCUCAUGAUAACCCUCUGUUAGUAGAGAGUCUGCUCUCUACUGAAUAGAGCCCAUUGUACCAUCCUUCACGUCCCAGUCCCACUUGGCGGGCAAAUGAACAUAGGGAAUCCCUGAAGUCUGAUUUUGUUGUUAGAUCAAGAGUUCCAUUCAGUGGGGUAACAAAAUAAUCUCAUCCAUUGCUCAUACAUAUUCCCUGAUCAGUGUGCUUCCAAACUCUCAUAAUCCCUGAAUCAAUUUCCAUGCAAGGUUUGGAGAAUUAUUGUUUCCACUCUUUCCUCUCCUUGACUGGUAGAGGGGAAAAGGUAGGAAACCACCCAGAACCAAAACCAAGAUGACAUACACAUCCUAAAAGUAUGAUCAAACUAACAGUCAAAGCCACAAAGUGGAGGCUUAAAGCUAAACAUGUGCCCUGAUAAAGCAUACACUUUUGACAGACAAAGAUAAAUUUCUUUCCUCUUCCCCCUGCAAGGAAAUAAAAAGGAAAAACAUGAUCCUUCAUCAAACUGGCUUUAAGAAGAGGGAACAAUCCACCUAGUACUGACUUUAUGCUCCCUGCCACAGGCAUCAGUGGCCACCCAGGUAUACUUACUGAAAAGGGGUGUUUGGUACCAGGGGGACUUGUUCCACAUUGGGGAGUUCAACCAGGACUGGUUGUCCAGGAUAAUGGAGGAGAUUUAUGAGGUUUGUAGUUUCUUUCACCCCAGGAAGUAUAGAUGGAGACUUUGAGUAAAAUGCGGUAAUUCGUGGACAUCUGUUAACUCCCCAGCUGUUGUUUAGUUUGGUCAUAGCUUCUGAGAGUUGCACAGACCAUCCAGGAUCACGGGGUUUCAGAAAACGUUUUAACAGACCAUUUGUUCUUUCUACUAUCCUGUUUGCUUGGUGAUAAUGAGGGGUAUAAAACAUCUGAUGUAUUCCCUCAGUUUUUGCUCACUCCUGGACCACCCUGGCAGUGCAGUGGCUGCUGUUACAUGAUUGAAUUGAUUUGGGUUUUGAUAAGAAACUAAACCACAGUUUCAACUUUUACACUGUAUUUUCCCUGGUUGCCCAUGUCACUGCUCCAGCCUGGACAAAUCCAGAUACUGCUUCCACCCCAACAAGCACGUAUCCUUUCCCUUCUGAUCUCUAAAAGGUCCUAUGUAACCACCCUGCCAGGUUUCCCGUAGUACUUUCCCAUCCCACAGGUGGAGCAGAAGAUCUCGCAAAGGUGUUUUCCUAUUCUAAUAUGUCAUAGGAAUCAGGCAAAAAUUGCUGUGCUACAUAGUCCUUGGGUAACGGGCCAUCCUCUACUCCCAGCUUCAAGAAGGUCUCUGAGCCCUGAGUGACCACGCUUAAUGUGCACCCAUUCUAGUAGGUGCUCCCAUUUCUCCUCUUCUCCCUCUUUUGCCAGCAUAGCCAAGCGGGUGAGUGAGUCUACUUGGCUAGUCCAGAUGUGUGCUGGAUGAUUUCAACCCAUGGCUGAUACUUUGAAUCAGUUGUUACAGCUGUCAAGCAACAGAAUUAAAUAUUCCUAUUGCAUCACUAUGAUGUUCUCUGCAGUCUCACAAUAUGAAGGUAACAGCUGUGUUCAUAAAACUGUGUCCAAGUGUAUGCACAUUGCAAGAAGAGCCAGAGGCCAUGAAUGCAUUUGCAAAGAGCAAGUUUUAUUUUAGUUACCUCUCUACCAGGGGAUCUCUGAAGCAGCACCUAAGCUACUGGGCAGAGGUGAAACAAGCGGUGACGCAGCCGCUGCAGAGUUCAGCCCUGGUAGAAGAGAGUUAUUUCAAGGCUUCAAGCAUGUGCAGCCUCUGCUUUCUCACAACAAAGCAGGAGUCUCAGGUAUAGAGAUAGGUGCCUUAGAGUUUCUCACAGGCCUAUGUUAUCUAAAACACAGGUUCUACUUGUCAAGCACACAAGGUCAGUAAAUGUGUGAUGUAUGUGCCUUUUCUACACCACAGCUAAAGUCGCUUGAGCAUAUUUACAAUUAACCUCCUUGGCAUUCUUGUGCAAUUCCCAUAUACCAAGGUUGGCUGGAAACAGGCUUUGGGAGCAGAUAAGAUGUCUUGGGCACAAGAUUGUGCUUGUAACAAGCACAGAGAUUCCCCAUCUCAUUUGCCUUUGGGACACGGGGAGAAGAACAGAGUCUGUGACAAUGAUGGGAACAUGGAGGAGUGCCUGGAUCCCCAGUACAGGGGGGCAUCCCUGGAGCCAGAGCUGCCUGGGAAGAGAAGGAGCAGAAGACUUCUGAGUAAGUGGUCCACGCUCCAUCCAGUGUAUGUCGUGGUGCUGGCUGUGCUCGUGGCUUUGGUCCUGGCUUUGGCAGUGGCUGCUGCUGUGCUGUCAGCAGGAAGAGAUGGAGCGAGUGCAGCUGCGGUGCUGGGCUGUCCUGAUGACUGGGUUGGGUACCGCAAUGUCUGCUACUACCUCUCGAGAGAGGAGGGGAGCUGGGAGUGGAGCCGGGAGCGGUGCUCCUCGCUGGGGGCUUCACUGGCUGUGAUCAAGAGGGAGUGGGAAAUGGAUUUUCUCUUGCGCCUCAAGGGCAACAUUGAUUACUGGGUUGGGCUGCACAGACAGGAUGGGCACCUGGAGUGGGUGGACGGCAGCAGCUUCAACCACACGUUCCUGGUUUCCUACCAAGGUGCAUGUGUAUUUUUGACUGGCAAUACUGUUGUGAGUUCAAGCUGCUUGCAGCACCGGCCAUAUCUCUGCUGGAAGCCCAGAGCUCUGAUGUGAAAGAUAUAAUGGAGAAAGGACCUUUUGUAUGCUGGGAACUCCACAGCUUCACCUCUUUCAGCAGCAGAGUGGCCUAGGGUUCUUCUUGCUUCAGCUGCGGGUCUAUGGUGCUGGUGGUCUCAGAACAGUAGGAUAUACUGCAGUCCCUGGAUACUGGGACUGGGGGAGGUUAAGUAAGCCACUAACAGAAGCUAGAAGUAGAACCUAUACAUUAGAGUCCAGAAAAACAAGACUUUCCAAGCUAUCAAAGAAGCUUUAGCUUUUGCUCCAGCAUUGUGAUGCUGAAUAACUCCAAGCCUUUUGAAAUAUUUAUGCAUAAGUGCAAAGGAGUAGCCAGUGGAGUCCUUACAUGGCUGUCCUUUGACUUGUUACUCAACAGGAUCCUGUAGCAGCAGGGAAUAAGUUUGGUGUUGAAGUGAGAGCAGCAGAAAUCAUAAAAAGAAGCAGUGUGGGGGACUACGGUGAGUCCAUGGAUUCCCUGACAGAGGAUAUGGGAACAGAGAUUGACCUUGAAGAUAUUAAGAUGUACCCGUGAGAAAGAAGGGAGUAAAAGAGUAACAUUGACGAUAGCAAAAUUAGCCAAUGAUAUGCAGCCUGUAACCAAUAGCAAAAAGACACAUGAGCUGGUAAAGACUAUAUGUCAAGGUUUGAUUGCAGGGUGACAAUAAACCGUGGCAGAUGUUUUGUUAACCCCCUCUUCCUUCCCACCCCCUGCUUUUAGCCCCCCCUCUUCCCACUAAGGACAGGCGAUUGGAAGGCAAAAGAAGGACAGAGAGAAAGAGUUGGGAAAAAUUAAAAAUGCUUUACUAAUGCUACUAAUAAAAUAGAGAAAAUAAUACAAAAUAUACAAAAUCAAUCUUGAAAGUCCCGGCAGCGAUCAGCACUGCUCCAGCAGCAUCAGAGCCUGCACCCAGUCCCCCCUGCAUCCAGUCCUGGACUGGACUCUGCAGCCAGCUGGAACUGGAUUCAGUCUGUCACUAGGCCUCAGUUCACAGGGAUGACGCACAAGGUUCUCCCCAGAUGUCGGUGAUGCAGAAUGCAAAUCCCCCUCUCUCCCCCUCCCUCCUUCGAUAUGGAAGGAGUAGGUACAUCUCCCUCUCUCUCUGCUGUUUGAGGCUAACAGCUUCUUUUGUUUGGCCCCAGAGCACCCUGGCCAGGGCCCUUAGGAGAAGGGAGUGCCGAGGCGCCAAGGAGCCGCUGGGCGUCCAUGGCCAGUGUGGGGGACGUUUGGAGGCUUCAGGGGCACCCCACAGCCAGGGGUGCGUACCUCCUGAAUGAUCGCUGCAGAAGCAACGGAGGAGGAAUAGAGGAUCUGAUAUCGUUGCGCAACGGACACCCAAAGAGGUGAGCAGCCAGGGGCGAGAGGAGAUGGGGCAGAAUAUAUCAAAAGAAGAAGAAGCAAUACUGCGUCUUCUCUCGCAUAUCCUCUCUAGGAGAAGAGUGAAGUAUGAGGAGAAUAACCUCAAAAGACUCUUAAUUUGGUGUAGGGACAAUGGAUUUCCUGCUGAUCCGUCAGGAGCUUUUCAGAUAGAGACUUGGGAAAAAGCGGGAACUGUUUUGUGGGAGGCAGUUAGUCGUGAAGAAAAAGAUAUUCUUGGCCUUGUAACCGCCUGGCAACUGAUAAUUACUACACUGAAACAGUUAAAAGCUGAAAAGACUGUUACACAAGGCGCAUUUGCUGCAUUAAGUCCUAUAAAAGAAGAAAAGACUGUUAUGAGCCUUAAUGACUCAAAACAGGCAUUUCCAGCUCAAAUGCCGAUUAAGUUGCAAGUUUUUGCUCGUGAUCCAAUACAGUAUUCACUCCCAGAGGAAGUGCUGGCAGAGGAACUGUCUGCACCUCCCCUGGAAGAAGAAUCAUCGAAAAAACAGAGUCAACAUAUUGAGGACAUGGAAAUUGAUAAAAAUACACCAACCGACUCGACGAAGAAGAAACUGUUUUAUCCUCCUUUGCCGCCGUCUACACUGCCUACUCCUGAACCUCCGAUUUCUUCUGGGUUUCCUGAUAAGCCUAAAUGGGCUCAAGAGCUUAUUUGGAAACUGGAAAGUUUGGAGAAACAACAACAGAUUCAACAAGCCUAUUUAGACGAUCAACUGAACAGAGAAGACAUGAUAAUACAUAGACAGCAGCCAUAAAGCCAUUAAUUCAAAAAGGUAGACGGGAAUCAGGACUUUUGUGUUAUAAUUGUGGAAAAUCAGGUCACAUAAAAGCGCAGUGUAAAGCAAAGCCGAGACAACUGACAAAGGAAUCAAACACUGGUGUCUGUACUCGCUGUCAAAAGUUUGGACACAGGGCUGUGGAUUGCAGAUCAAGAUUUACUAAGGAUGGUAGACCUUUAAACGGGUCACUGAGCGCGGGGAGGGGCAGCGCGAUGACACAAAACAGCAACCCUCACAGGCAGGCUGUUUGGACAGCGUCGCCACCACCACCGCAGGGAGUGCAGGAGUGGAUAUCUCAACGGCAGUAGAGACAGCUCUGGUGGAUUCAAAGGUUUGCUGCAUUCCUACUGAAAUGCAUGGACCUUUGGGUCAAGGGUUGAGUGCGCUACUGCUUGGGAGAUCUUCUACAUCCAGAAAACGAGUUUUUGUUUUACCGGGAAUAAUAGAUGAUGAUUUUACCGGAGUGAUUUCUAUUAUGGUAUGGACACUUUUUCCUCCAGUUCAUAUUCCAAAAGGGUCAAAAAUUGGACAGUUAGUUCCUUUUUAUUCGGCAGUUCCAAAAGUUCAACACAAGGAACGUGGUGAGGGAGGUUUUGGUUCUACUGGACCUCCUGAACUCUAUUUGGCAUUGGAAAUUCAUAAGAAAAAACCUACACAACAGGUGACAUUGUCACAUCCUGAUGGAGGAAAACGUUGUCUGUCAAUGCUUAUAGACACUGGCGCAGAUGUUACUGUUGUCAGCCUAGAACAAUGGCCUUCUAAUUGGGAAUUAGACAAUCCAAGCUUACCAAUUAUGGGUGUGGGUGGUGUGCAAGCUACAAAAGUGAGUGCUAAGCCUAUUCAGGUGAUGUUAGAAGAUGGCAGCCAUUGCACUAUACGACCCUACGUCAUGCCACUUCCUAUUUGUCUAGUAGGAAGGGAUGUUCUUAGUCAGUUAGGAGCAAUAAUUACAACUGGGAUAAAAAAUUUUUGACAGCGGUCACUGAAGGGCGACCAAUCCUAAAAUUAAAAUGGAAAACAGAGACUCCAGUGUGGGUUGAUCAGUGGCUGCUAUCAAAUGAAAAGAUCGCCCAAAUUAAUGACUUAGUUUCAGAACAGUUACAGUUAGGACAUAUUCAACCUUCCACAAGUCCGUGGAACACUCCGAUUUUUACAAUUCCAAAAAAGAGUGGAAAAUGGUGUCUUUUGCAUGACCUCAGAAAAGUUAAUGAAGUAAUGGAGAAUAUGGGAACACUACAGCCUGGCUUACCAUCUCCUAACAUGAUUCCACAAGAAUGGGAUGUGUUAGUAAUAGAUCUGAAAGAUUGUUUUUUUACCAUUCCGUUACAUGAAGAUGAUUAUGAAAAAUUUGCCUUCUCAGUUCCAUCAGUUAAUAAGCAAGAGCCUACGAAAAGAUAUCAUUGGGUUGUUUUACCUCAGGGCAUGAAAAAUUCACCUACUAUGUGUCAGUUAUAUGUUGCUUGGGCAUUGGCACCUCUACAUGACAAACACAGAGAAUUGAUCAUAUAUCAUUACAUGGAUGAUAUUUUGAUUACUGGAAAAUCACUUCAAAUUGUAUUAAUAGUUACAGAACUAGAAAAAGAAUUAGGAACCAGAGGUUUAAAAAUUGCACCAGAGAAAAUUCAACAAACACAGCCUUGGAAAUAUUUAGGCUGGGAAAUUACUAAGGCUACAGUUCAUCUGCAAAAAUUGACUAUCAGGACUAACAUUCAGACUUUAAAUGAUGUUCAAAAAAUUAUGGGUGAUUUGAAUUGGAUUCGCACCUGUUGUGGUAUUACAAAUGAUGAUUUACUGCCAAUUGCUAAAUUACUACAGGGAGGAGGUGGGGUUGAUGCUCCACGUUCUGAAGUACAAGCAUUAGUUAACAUUAUGCAAAAAAUUUCCAAACAUUAUACAUACAGAUGGGAUCCAGAACAAGAAUUAGGAAUAAUGAUUAUUAAUAACUCUGCACAUCCUUUUGCUUUGAUUAUGCAGUGGGCAAAAGAAUCUGAUCCACUCAGAAUUUUGGAGUGGUUGUUUCUUUCAACUCAACCCAAACGAUCAGUAGUUACCAGAAUAGAAGCAUUUGCACAAUUGAUCAUAAAAGGUCGAUCUCGUAUAGUAGAAACAAGUGGGAAAGAACCAGAUUAUGUAGUCAUAUCUUUGUCAGCUGAAUAUUUACAAUGGGCAUUACAGAAUUCUAUAGCUCUGCAGUCUGCAAUGUUAGAUUACUCAGGACCAAUUAGAGUGCAUUACCCUCCACAUAAACUUAUGGGGUGGUUGCCAACAUUUCAAAUAGAAUGAAUGCCUCUUCUAUCUCUGAAUCCAGUAAGAGGUGUCACUGUUUUUACAGAUGCAGGAGGUCGUUCACAAAAAGCUGCAAUAACAUGGCAGGAAGAGGGAGAAUGGAAGGAUUUUGUGCUAACUGAUUUACAGGGUUCAGUUCAACUCUUAGAACUACAAGCAGUAAUUCAAGUCUUUAAGAUGUGGGACAAACAACCUGUGAAUGUAGUAUGUGAUUCACUUUAUGUUGUAGGAGUUGUACUGCGAUUAGAAAGAGCAGUUUUGAAGAAUAUUGACACUUUACUACAGUACAGAUUAUUUAAAAUUUUAUGGGAUUUACUGAAUCAGCGAACACAUCGUUACUUUAUCACUCAUAUCAGAAGUCAUACAAGCAUUGCUAGUAGCUUAGCUGAAGGUAAUCAGCGCGCAGAUAGAUUAGUUGCACCUGCUUGGACGGGUCCUUCUAUAGACAGAUUUGCUCAAGCUCGUCGCUCACAUGAUUUUUUCCAUCAGUCAGCUAGCGUUUUACAGAAACAGUUUCAUAUUCCUGAGAUUGAUGCACGAAACAUUGUUUUGUCCUGUGCUGAUUGUCAAAAUUGCUCUGGUGGGAUUUCAGGAGGUGUUAAUCCACGAGGUCUUGGACCUUUAGAGGUUUGGCAAAUGGAUGUCACACACUUUGCAGAAUUUGGACGUCUCAAGUAUGUUCACGUUUCGGUUGAUGCUUUUUCUCAUGUUAUAUGGGCUACUGCUCAGGCAGGAGAGUCUAGCAAACAUGUUCAAAAACAUUUAAGGGCAGCUUUUGUGGCUCUUGGUGUUCCAAAAGAAAUUAAAACAGAUAAUGGUCCUGGCUAUAUUGCUCGGGCUACCACUCAAUUUUUAUCCUUAUGGGGUGUUAUCCAUACGACAGGGACACCGCAUCAACCAACAGGGCAAGCUAUUGUGGAACGUACACAUCAUACCUUAAAACAGCUGUUGCAAAAACAAAAAAAGGGGGAGGUUAACCUAGCACCUCAAGAGCGCUUACAAAAAGCUAUAUAUGUUAUGAACUACCUUAGGUUACCCAAGGGAGAAAAGGUUCCUCCUAUGGUAACUCACGGUGCAGGUUUAACAGGAGGUUUAGAGCAAGUCAAAAAGGGACAAGCAAAAGUCUGGGUAAAAAAAUGGAGUUACAGGACAAUGGGAAGGUCCAUGAAACUUGAUAACAUGGGGACGGGGAUAUGCCUGUGUCGUUACAGGAUCAGGAUCAUGCUGGGUUCCGGAAAAGUGGAUCAAACCCUGGCUAGAAAACACUGCUCAGAGCACAUAAGUUUGAAACUAUAGCAUCUUCUAUUUUUGCACCUGGAGUUGCAGCAGCACAGGCUUUGACUACACUUAACAAAUUAGGAUGCUGGUUUGCAAAACAGACUAACGCUACUUCCUUAGCAUUAUCUGGACUUUUAGCAGACACAGAUUCAAUUAGGCAUGCUACGCUUCAAAAUCGUGCUGCCAUAGAUUUUUUGUUGUUAGCGCAAGGACAUGGUUGUGAAGACUUUGAUGGGAUGUGUUGCAUGAAUUUGUCUGAUCAUUCUGAAUCAAUUCACAAAGCAAUUAGAAGGUUAGAUGACAUGACCAAGAAGUUAACCGAUGAGGAUUGGGGUGUAGACAAGUGGUUGAAUGGCUGGGGUAUUACAGGAUGGAUUAAGGAUCUAUUGAAAAAUGGUCUAAUCAUAUUGAUUGUUGUUUUACUAAUGUUAAUGUUUAUUCCUUCUAUCUUACAAUGUGUACAACGUACAGUAGAAAAAUCCAUGAAAGGUCUAUGGUUGGCUCAGAAACAAAAAGGGGGAAUUGUGGGACAUUUGGGUGAUUUUCUUGAAGUUAAUGGACAUUGUAUGGAAUUGAACUGAACAGGCCUCUGAGGCCUAUUUAUUCAGCAAGAGAGCAAGAGAGCAAGAGUCGAGCAGCCUACGUGUCUUACGUGACUUUAUACAACCUUGGGUAAAACAAAAGAAAGACUGUCUAGUGAAGAAAAGAAUCAGCAAGUCAGCUAUAAUAUAAAUACAUUUUGUAUAAUAUUAGAGCAUAUGUAAGAAUUGUAUAAUCCAAUCACCUAUUAGUUUGCGGCGCGUGAACAGCAGCUAUUGACCAAUUACAAGCAGCCUUCUGAUGCAUGAACAGCGCGUGGACAGGUCAAAAAGAUAUUUAAGGAGAGUUAUAACAAGUAAUAAACGGCUUCACUUGAAUUCA